GAGAAAAUUCUUUCUCGAUUGCUGUUCAUCCAUCUCAACGUAGCAAGUGUAAUUUGCGUUAAAAAACUAAACUCAAUCAGAAGCACAAAACACGUGCGACUUUCAAAACAAUAUUAUCGCAUUAAUGAAUCAGUUAUGUAAUGUGAGAACACGUUGAAUAUCCUGUUAAUGACUUACCUACGUUAGAUGUUCCUAAAUGUAGGUAUGUAGACGCACGGCGGCGUAAAGUUGCUUUGUAGUGUAUGGUGUGCUGCCUCUAUAACGUAUGUUCUAUGUUAGUUGAUCAUUACCAUGUUAGAAUUUAUUGCCGAACAUAUUGUGUUUAACGCGUUGAAUCGCAUAAAAUAUCGGUUCGCGAACGAGCUAAAGUUGUGAUGCUAACGCGAUGUUAAAAGUUUAACGUGUAAUAUCAUAUGAUGAAGUGAAAGUUCUGAAUCUACAUAAAUAUAUGCGGUUUUUAAAAAAAUUCAAAAUGAUGAACUUCAUAUCUAAAUGGUUAAGCUUCGUUACAGUCGAACCUAGUUUCUUCUUCUACUACUCGGCCUACGUUAUAUUGGAAUUAAUCAACACGAAUUUAUAUUUACAAAAACCUUGCCGACUAAAUGCCACCAGCGAACCCGACCUAGACACUAAAUGCGACGACGAGAAAGCUGGAAUAACCUUUGUAGCCGAUCUAAAUGCUUACGUAAGGACAUUCGUGGUACUUUUCAUGCUACUCUAUGUAGUAAUCGGAUCAUACUGGAGUGACGAGUCAGGACGUCGUAGAAGACCUUUGCUAUUCUUACCUCUAAUUGGACAAGUUCUGCAAUGCAUUAAUGGACUGGUGCAAUCUUACUAUUGGCAAUUACCAGCCAUAUCUGCAGCCUCGAUCGAUCUACUUGUGCAGUGUAUUUUCGGCGGACAUUUAGUUAUGUUGAUUAUUUCGCACGUGUAUGUUUGCGAUAUGUCUUCGAAACAGGAUAGAACUAUGAGGAUUGGGAUUUUAACCGCUUUGAAAACCAUAUGUCUGCCGAUUGGAAACGGUACCUCGGGAUAUUUACUCCACGCUGUUGGUUUCUUCUACUCGUAUAUGAUUUGUUUGGUUAUGACGAUCGUUGCGUUUAUGCUCGGUGUUAUAUUUAUAAAAGAUACGUCAGUUCAAUGUGAAAACAAAAUAACUGUUUGGCAAGCGUGUAGUUGUAAAGCGUUCAAGGAUAGCUUGAAAGUGUUGUUCAAGAAGAGCCUAGGGGAGAAGAAGAAAAUCGUUUAUGUGCUGUUGUGCGUUCAUGUCUUGGUUUGGUUUUCCUCUGAGGGUGAAAAAAGUGUGCUGUAUUUAUACCUUAGGUAUAAAUUCAAUUGGGAUGAGAGAAUGUACAGUUUGUAUUCGACGUAUAGACUCAUUGGAAUCAUUGUAGGUACCAUAUUUUGCUCAAUUUUCUUGAGUAAAUAUUUAAAAAUUCACGACGGUCUGAUCGGAGCAUUUGCCGGAUUCUGGGAUACGUUGGCUGUGAUUGGGUUCCUAUUUGCGACUAAAAAUUGGCAUUUAUACGUCAUUCCUAUCGUUGAUAUAUUCCAUGGAGUCGCCAUAGCUGUAUAUUAUUCGUAUUUAAGCAAGUUUUACGAAAGCAACGAAUUUGGCCGAUUAAGCUCAUCGUUGAAUAUUUUCUCGUUGAUAAUUCCGCUAUAUAAUCCAGUUUAUAAUAUUUUAUUUCAAAAAACGCUGGAUUUCUUUCCGUCUGCCUUUUUCCUCGUCAGUGUGGUUGUCGAUAUUACCAUUUGCAUAUUGUACAGCACAACUUACGUACUUGGUAAAAAAUACGGCAUGUAGAAAAUCGCUCGAAGACUAAGCUCGAAGAGCAGCGUCCGUUUGUUACCUAUCAAAUUGUUGAGUACAGAAUUAAUGCUUCGUGAUAAAGAGAAUAAAAAAAAAACCAAACCAAAGAUCUCAAUUAGUAAUAUUGUUGUUUUAUUUUGUUACUUUUUAGCCGAAUUAUACGAAAACGAAAUUAAACGUUCGAAUUGUUUAAAA